AAAGAGGAGAGUAUGCACUUUGGAGUGUCUAAGACAAGAAGUAACGAAUUAAAAUUUGGCCCAUUAGUGCUAUUCUUGAAUUUUGAAAAAAAAAGAAGAGGGAGAGAUCCAAAGAAAAUUGGAAGAAUGGCCAGAAGAGCACCACCGCUGAUGUCUAUCGUCCUUGAUCUCUCAAAGCCACCUUUUGCCACAGUGAUAGGAGCCACCUCCGCUGCAAUCCACCCCCGCAACCGCCGGAGAUCACUGAAGCCGCCCAAUUCCAUCACUGUGAUGAGGCCAGCUGCGACCCAAUGCUCCGUCCGCCAACUCAAAGUUGAAGAAUUCCAAAUCAAACUUGAUCAAAGAUUAGCCUUUUCCACCCCCCCACGCCCCACUAAUCCCAUCAAGAAAGAAGGAAGAGUGUUGUAUCCGAUUGGGUACGGAGCGGACCCCACGGGGGGAGGAGACAGCAGCGGGGCGAUAGCGGAGGCCCUCGGGGACGGGGUGAAGAUGCACCGGGAUGGGGCGGAGCUGCUGCCGGGGAUUAGGGACUUGGGCGGCCUCGUCAUUGAUUUUCAAGGCGGCGAUUUUAAGAUCAGCAGUCCCAUUGUCUUCCCUCCCGCCAUUGGAAAUCUUGUGGUACAAAGCGGGUCCUUGCGAGCAUCCGAUGUAUUUCCAGGAAAUAGACAUCUAAUUGAGCUUGAGGAUAAAGACAAUACAGGCGUAACCCGAUACGAGGAUGUCACUUUCCGUGACAUCCUCUUCGACUCCAGCUUUCGUGGAGGAGGAAUCAAGGUCGUUGACUCUGUCAGAAUUCGAGUCACCAACUGUUUCUUCCUACACUUCACCACCCAAGGAAUCCUCGCCAGGCACGGGCACGAGACGUUCGUGUCAAACACAUUCCUCGGCCAGCACUCGACGGUCGGUGGCAGUGCUGACGAGAAGGGUUUCUCUGGCACGGCAAUCGACCUCGAUAGCACCGAUAACGCUGUCACUGACGUCGCAAUCUUCUCCGCCGCCAUCGGGGUCGUGUUGCGGGGCCAGUCGAACGUGAUCACCGGCGUGCAUUGUUACAACAAGGCUUCCGUUUAUGGCGGUGUUGGGAUUUUAGUCAGAGCGGCUCAGAACCGAAUAAGCAAUUGUUAUUUGGACUACAACUCCAUUGUGGUUGAAGACCCAUCUUGGGUUCACAUCACAAAUGGGUAUUUCCUCGGGGGCGCCAACGUGGUUUUGAAGUCGGUUUUAGGCUGCGUUUCAGGCUUGAACGUCGUGAACAAUAUGUUCAUUAAUGGAGACCCUAACCACAUGGUGCCCAUUGUGCAAAUUGACGGUGUUUUCAAGAAUGUGAGCCAGGUCGUGGUUGAUCACAAUAGCGUGAAGGGGAUGAGCAUGAAGUCGACCGUCGGGAAAAUGACAGUGGCCGGAAACGGGACGAAGUGGGUGGCCGAUUUCUCGCCGGUGCUGGUGUUUCCUGAUCAGAUUAGCCAUUUUCAACACUCAUUCUAUUGUAAACAAGGACUUGAUGGUGGGUUUCCAAGGCAUGCAGUGACAAAUAUCUCAAGUAAUGUUGUGGUAGUGGAGAGUGAGAAAGCUAUUGAUGCACUAGUGUCUGUUUUUGUUGACCAGAAUAAUAUGUUUGGGGAAGGAAUUUCAUUGGUGGACUAAUGAGCUAGCUAGCUAGCUAGCAGAAUUCCUGAAACAUUAUUGGGGAAGUUUGAGACCACGUUGGUAAUCAAUCCCUAAUUGCUCUCUGUGAUAUUCUUUAUCUUGUAAAUAUAACAAAUUUAGAGAUACUCAAAAAUCAGAAACAUCAUUAGAGCAACUUUAAUCAAGGGGGGUUGUUUGA